AUACCGGUACCGCAUUUCGCAUCAUGUAUCGUUUGUAUCGUUACCUAAUGGAUGUCAUCAAGCUGGUCCAGCGUUGACGCGUUUGGUGAAUGACAUGGAGCCGCUUAGCACCUUCUUCCGGAUAAACCCUGCCUUGCUUUUCCAAAACGUAACUACGCCACGAUCACAGACUAGCAGCUCAAUUUCUUCUCCGAGCUUCGCUGACCACCAGACCGGUCUUAAAGUUUAUAGCGAGAGCCCUGCGUCCCUCACAAGUGCUCAUCAGGACAAUCCAUUGUUCGAAGGGUUUCCUGUCCUUCCGGCCAGCAAACGCAAAGCUGCGGUCUCUGGAGAUGCACAUGGAACCAAGAACACAGCAGUGCCAGGAGACUCGCCAAAGCUGGAAGAGCAGCUUCAUCACCUCCUUGAGGUCCUGCAGCAAGCGUUGGAACUGCACAGCGCUGACGGCCUUCCAGACGACGUAGCGCCAAGGUUGGCGGAUGAGCUGCAGGCCGUGGCCAGGAGGCUUAGGGAUAAAGAGCGCGAGCUGCCCGUGGAGCGCCAGCUGCGUGCAAAGGUGCAGCUGGCGCUGACUGGAGCAGAAGCGACCAUUCGGAAGCUGCGCGCCACCCCAAGGCGGCGUACUUCAGCGAACGGCUCGGGUGUAGACUGGCGGAGCAACGAGGCGGCAUCCAGCCCGACCCUUGCUGCGCACACCAACAGCCGUUUCUCUGCGGGCACAACCCUGGUGGCGGAAGGCAACACCCGAGGCGGAAUCGAACGUGAUUCGGUCUGCAGACAGCUUUUACAGUCGCCCAGCAGCAGCAUGAGCCCGCUCAGUUGGACUGGUCCCAGCUUUGUGACGGGGGGCACGCCCAUGUGCGUAGUGGACGACGCGAGCAUGGCAUCACCCAAGGAGUUGCCCACAGACCAGAACGGUAGCACCUGCAGUCAGCUGGCGUCAGUCGCGGGCAGCAGCCACGGGCAGAUAAAGAUCCCGACCGGGAUUCCCCGACUGCGGCAGCUGACGUCAACGUCGUCGGAGGCAGCCACCUCGUCGAGCUUCCACCCGCCCUUGUACAACUGGAUGAAGGCAGUCUUGGCCUCCACGACGAAGCAAAACCAACCGAUGCUGCUACAUGGCAAUGGCAGCGUUGGCAGCGAUGCGGGGACGCGCGGUGUGGAAGACGGCUCCGAGGCGCAAAGCCCGGGAAUGGGUGGUGCUGUGCAUGAUAGCCUUGCUUCUGUCGUUCGAGCAGCGCUGUCCAACAAACGAACACCACCCUUAAUUUACGGCAGCCCGCUGUACCGGCGGAUUCAGCGUUUGUUGGCUGAGCAGCGUUCCCCCAUCCCGCUUCGGAAUACCUCGGCUCCAGGAGGCGUCAUGCAACAGUCCUUGUACAGUGUAGAGCCAUCGCCGAUCGGCGGGAGACGCCGUGGGUGGGAAACGGGCGCAACCGCACCAGCAAGCUCCAGGCCAGUUUGGGACCAGGAAGUUGACACUGACUCGGCUUCUGCAAGCAACCGCUCCUCGGACACGUCGAGUUCAUGCACUACUCCGACCAUGACGAUGCGGGAUGAUAUUGCGGCGCUGCCCUUCGACAGCAGCGUUUCGCCCUUUGGGCCCACCCUGCGCGAAAGGUAUGCAGCCCGAACCAAUACCGUAGCAUCCGCAACUGCCAGCAUACAGUACCCAUCAGCAACGGCAGCCUCGGCAGCAUUCGAUGCGACUGGCCUUAGCGGUGGCUUGCCCCGGCCAGCACGGGAGCCAGAGCGGGAGGCUGCGGAGCUUGUGGCAGAGCUUGGUCUCGAUUUGCAGCUUGCCCCUUUUACAGUCGAGAACAUCACCAACCUGGAGGUCCUGGCGCAUGCGGAACGCUGGAUUCGCGGGCAAUUCAUUGCUGCAAAUAAGGUGCUGGAAGCCAACAGGGAGCGCACGUUGGAGGAUGAACGAUGUAGCGGCUCGGCAGGAUGCAGUAACGAUCUGGAUUCGAGCGCACAGGCGCAGGUGGAAAUGGUCAUACAGACAGAGCCUGCUUACAGGCUCUCGGCUGGGGAGCAUGUGCUGCAAUGUAGCGCGUCCACGUCGGCGCCGAGCUUUAGCGCUGCCGCUGUCAAUCCAACGCCCAUAUGGCCGCCCAAGCCGAAGGGCAGGGCAGCUCCAGGCGGGGUGCGCGUGCAGCAGAGUUCCCAAGAGCGGUUGGGCGUUCCGCGCACGCGUGGCGAUCAGGCACCCAACCAUACUCCGCUGACUGCAACUCUUUUGGGCCACUCGCGACCCCACGAGAUCGCCGAAGUGAAGAGCGGCGGUAGCAGCAUGAGCUUUUCAGGAAACAAUCCUUCGGCUGGAGGCACCGUUGUUGGGCCGUCCAUGGCGAACGGCCAUGUUCCCCCAGCACCAAGAGGUCCACAAGGUUCAGCAGACAGCUUCACUCCGCGAACGGAUGAAUCGGCUGAAAUAACCGCCGAGGUCAUCUUCACGCCGGGGAAUGCGCAACUCGGAGCGAAGGGCUACACGGAGAAACGCAUGAUGGUGCCCUUCCGCCUUGACAGCGCCACCCGAUCUGAAUGCGAGACGGAGGAGGGUGACGGCAGCGCGAAGACGCUGAGCAGCAUCAGUAGCGUCAGCAUCAUCGGUUCUGAGCCAGCCAACGCGACGGACCUUGGCGCCGACGCUGCUCGGCGGCCGGCACGGCGCUCUGAAUCCCAGUCGGCUGGUGGAGGGCUGCAGCAGGCCACGGGCCGGAAAGGAGGCACCUCUAAGCCACAACUAUCAAAAUACCUUUGCAGCUUCCUCACGACAUUAUUACCAUGCACGAAUGGAAGCGUGGCCAGCUAA